UCAUUAAAAUGUUCUGACCUUUCCAAAGCCAUAAUUUCUAUUAUAAAUGCUGAGAAAGAUCGAGGUAGGUCUUAUAGUAAUAGCAAAUCUGAAGUAAAAGAGCCUGAUGUUCAGGAAAAAGUAUUGACUUCUCGUACUCUGAAAGAAAAUAAUGAUUUAUCAGAUAGCAAUACUUUUAAUGAGCAUGGUAAUAUUUGUAAAAUUGAAGAGGCUUUAAAAACUUUAAACUCUGAUGAGCAGAAAGAGAUUCUUGAAUCUUAUUUUAGAUACUUGAGAACCCAUCCAAAUACGAUCUUAAGUAUCAACUUCAAAGAUAUCAAAAUUCAACAAGUAAAAGACUAUUGGCUUUUUAAAAAGAACACUCUGCAUGAACCGAUGAUUGAUGCAAAUAUUAAAGGUGAUAUUUGAGAACAUUAUGAAGGAUGAAAGAAAGAAUCCUUCUAUUACCUUCCUGAAAUAUGAAUUAAAAUCUGAUUCAAGCAUAGAUUCCACAAGGCUUACUUCUUCUGUUCUAAAUACACCCCACUGUUUAAAUUCGAUCUCAGGCUGACUUUAAGAAUAUUAGAUUACCUCCAAAUGAAAGCAAGCACUAGUUUUCACCAAAGAUUUGAGUUGCAAUAUUUCAGACUUAAAGAUACAAUUAUUGAUACAAAAAUUUAUAGGAAUGAUCUUCUUCAUAAAUGCAUUCUGUUAGUUCAAAAUGAAGUAUUGAUGAAUUGAACAGAAUGAUAUGAACCUGUGAAUAAAGUUCUCAAUUUUUAUGCCAUUGAGAAAAUUUUAUUAAAACUAAUUGAAAAUCAUUUAGAUUCAGAUAUUAGAGAUCAUGAAAACUAUUGGAUGCCGACUUUGAAUGAUUAUGAAAGUGAUAUUAAGUUUAUUCAAAAUAUGCUUAAAAUAGAGAUCCUAGAAUAUAUCAGGGAGAAUAGGUUUCCUAAAUAUUGGAGGAGAAGACAAGCUGAUUCGAAAAUCGAAGAAAUUAUUGAAUAUUUAAACAAAGAUUAUGUCCCCAAUAAUAAAGAACUCGAGUCUAAUUUCAAAAAAAUUGAAUCCAAUAUAGAUACAAUAUCUUCACAAGAAGGUGAGGAUAAUUGCUUCUCAACAUUUGCAUCUAACAAAAAAAUGAGACUCAAUUGCGAAAGCAAACCUAAAAAAGCAUUUACAAGUAAAACUCCUUACUCAUAUGAGGAAUCAUUUCAAUCAUCUCUCAAUAUCUCUGACUGUGAUUCUCAAACAAAUGAAAAGUUUCACAAAGAUAAUAAUUCUUUUAAUAAAUUUUAGCUCGGAAGAAUAUUUAAACCAACAAGAGGAAAGCGAUUCUCAACUUGAUAAAAAUAAUUAUGACGACAUUGAAGAUAUAUCAUUUUACAAAACAGCCGACUUCGAAAAGAGUGAAACUUCAAGUUCAGAAUCAUCUUUUUCUGAAAUAACGAGUAUGAGUGGCUUAAAAACCAUUAGUGAAUUGGGGAAGAGGAACACAAGACUCAAAACCUCAAAUAUUACGAGACAAGUAACUCAAAAGUGUGAGAGGAAACUGGUUUGGUUGAAAAAUACACUGAAGAGGAACUUAAAGACCUUAUUUAUGAAGCUGAACAAGCAGUUUACACAAAAUAGAAAAAGUUAUUUGUGCCAAUUCAAAUAUAAAUCUCUCUCUGAAUAUUUUAUAAAGCAAAAGUUAUAUAAAUUGAAAUUAUGAGUUUCAGAUGAUUUGCUGAUUUCUGAAUAUGAUCUUUCUAAUUUUGGUGAUUUCUGAGAAUUUGCUUCAGAUCUAAGAUGGAAAGAUCAAAUCUCAAUAUCCUCUCAGAAUAAAAUCACCGUUAUAUUAGACACUAAAAAGAAUAUAAAUAUUCUUUCAUUUAUUAAAACAAGACCAUGUGAAGUGGAAAAUGUUGAUUUGAAGAUUCAUGAGCAAAACCAUGUAAUCGUCAACAACUUUCUAGCCAAUUAUUUUCCUGAAAAAUGCCAAAAUUUUAAAUUAUCCUAUAUAUACGGUCCAAAAAGUUUAAUUAACUUCUACUUUGAUUCACUAAUCGGCCUGAGCAGCAGGAUCACUCAAAAAAUUUAUAUUCUCCGCUGGAAAUUAAGCCAACAGCAAAUGGAGGCUAUUUUAAAAGCAUUCAAACAUGUUGAAGUUUUAAAGAUUUGGUACUGAAUCAUUGGAUUUGAAUCUGUACCUGAAUUCGGAACUUCCCUUGAAGGAUCGAAAAUAAAGGAGUUAGCACUGAGAGGGAAUGAUUAUGGAGAUAAUGGCUAUGGAAUAGAACAUCUAAUUCAAGGAUUAUCUCAGUCUAGCGACUUUAUGCAGAAUGUAGACAAGAUUAACCUUUAUAAAUCUGGAAUUAAUGAAGAAGAUGCAGAACAAACAUUGAAGGAAUAUGCUGAUAUUGGAAAAUUGAACUUUAGGCCGCCUGAGAAAAAAGUCAAAAGAUUUAAGUUGAGUUAUUAAUUUCAAUAUCAG